AUGCAAACUUCUCGCGAGGUGGUUGUGGAAGCCCCCCUAGGUGCUUUGCUCUUUUGUGGCUUGAGUUUCGUUUUUUACCGCCUCUACUUUCAUCCCCUGGAACAUGUUCCUGGACCUCUGCUGGCCAAGCUAAGCGGGUGGUGGCGCACCUUGCACUAUCUCAGAGGCAGCUGGCACGAAGACAUUCUGGAACUUCACCGGAAAUACGGACCCAUAGUUCGUAUAGCACCGAACGAGCUAUCUGUCGUUGACGCCCAUGUCACAAAGCAGCUCUACGGCCACGGCCACAAUGCUGAAAAGACAAGUUGGUACAAGACUUGGGACCUUCCGGACAGUUCGCCCAGCCUUUUCUCGACACGGCAGAAGAAAGUCCACGCCGUUCUGCGCAAACGCGUUUCCGGCGCCUAUUCUAUGUCGGCUAUCAUCAAGUUUGAGCCUUACAUCCAAAGUUGUUUAGAUCUUAUGUUUCUACGGCUACGACAGCACGCCGACGCUGGGAAGUCGAUCAAUAUGUCAGAUUGGACCAAUGCCUUGACUUUCGACGUCGUGGGUGAGCUGGCUUAUGGAUCCAAGCUUGGACACCUUGAGACUGGAACCGAUGUCAUGGGCGUUCGAAAAGACAUCUUUGACGGGUUUUUCCUCAUGUCCAAUAUGGGACAUUUUCCAGGGCAGACUCGUUUAGUCAACAACAAACUGAUGACGAAUCUGUUAGCUUUUCUGGGACGCGCUAACCCACUCCACAAGUUUCAGGACUGGAGUUCGCAACGGGUCCGAGACCGCAUGCAAAAUCCUAACUCCAUUGUCAGAGAUGAUAUGCUCGCUCACUUUAUACGCAUGAAGGACGAUAAAGGCGAGCCAGUAUCCUUUUCAGAUGUUCUCACAGAAGCUCUGAAUAUUGUUGGAGCAGGAGCUGAUACCACGUCAAUCGGUAUGAGGACGUGCCUGUUCUACAUUUGUUCGAGGCCGGACGUCUAUAAAAAGCUACAAGAAGCUGUUGAUCAUUUUUAUGACUCGAUGGGACUCACAAUGCCAAUCAAGUACCAAGACACCCAGAAGAUCCCGUACCUGAUCGCGGUCUGUAAAGAGGCAAUGAGACUUCUGCCAUCGAUCGCCUAUCAGCUUCCAAGAUACGCCCCGGAAGGGUUGAUCGUCAAAGACAAACAUAUCCCAGUAGGCACGUCGGUUGGAGUCAGUCCCAUUGCACAGAAUCGGGAUCAGGAGGUGUUUGGCGCUGAUGCGGACGAUUUCAGGGCCGAGAGGUGGUUCGAGGACGAGCAAAAAACCCGAUUGAUGGAUUCAAUCAAUAUGACAUUUGGUGGCAGUGGUCCAAGAAUGUGCGUAGGACGUAAUAUAGCGCUGGUGGAGAUUCACAAGUUCAUUGCUCAGCUACUGCGUGACUUUGAUGUCGGUCUCGUCGACCCUGACAAACCCUGGCACAUCACGACUUAUUGGUUCACGUUCCAGCAUGAUAUGAACAUGUGGAUCAGAACUAGGCCCAGAUGA